UGUGUAUGUGUGUGCGUGCGUGUGUUUUUGUGUGUGUAUUCGUGUUCUCGCGCGCGCCGGAGCUAACCCAUUAGCUUGCUAACAUCAAACCCAAAAUGCACGGCUCCUCUCUGGGAGGAGAGGAUGCGUCCGGGGGGGCCUGGUGAAUAAUAUGUGACGGUGCAGUUAACGGGGACCGUUCGGGGACGAUUGUUGGAAAAGUUAGUUCUCGUUUAUUUUUUCGGUCCUUAACUGAAACCUCGGCGCUCGAACAAACAAACAAACCGAGCUCCGUCCGUGUCGUGUGCGGAUGUGAGGAACAGAGCUAACCGAGGAGGACACCAGAACCGAAGGGAGGGGAUUCUCAAGUUACGGGAUGCUCCAGAUGCAGCUUGAAAGGAUGAAACGUACUUAGUGGAUUUUCCUUCACUUUUGCCAACAUCUGGUUGUUUUCCCUCUUCAGCUCAAGCCGUCACAAGCCUCAGUCACGGCUCCUUUCAGAGCUCAGACAUGGACUGGGCCUCUCCAGCUGCCAAACUGAACCAUUACUCUCGAGGCCGCGUGUCCGAGGCCUGGCAGCAGCACGCGGUCGCCGUCCCCUCCGGAGCCGAGAAUCCACUGAGCUGCGCCGUGUAUGGGAUCGUCCUCCAGCCAGACGCUGCGUCGCUGCAGCAGCAGCAGCAGCAACAACACCCUCCUCAGACCCAGCAGAACCCGCUUCAGGUUGACGCAAACAGAGCGCACAAGUGUGGGGCUUGUGGACACAACAUCUCCCACCUCACAAACCCGCUCGAGCACCAGUGCCUGAUGAGUCAGGACCGGUCGUUCCAGUGCACCCAGUGUCUGAAGAUCUUCCACCAGGCCACGGACCUGCUGGAGCACCAGUGCGUCCAGGUGGAGCAGAAGCCGUUCGUGUGCGGCGUGUGCAAGAUGGGCUUCUCGCUGCUCACCUCGCUGGCCCAGCACCACACGUCGCACAACAGCACCAACCCCAUGAAGUGUUCCAUAUGUGAGAAGACGUACCGGCCCGGCUCGUCCGACAACUCCGCGCCCUCCUCCGGCAGCUCGCAGCCCUCCAGCAGCGACGCGGCGUCGGCCAGCAGCAGCAGCAGCAGCUCGUCCGGUUUGCCUUUCCCCUCGGCCCGGGACCGGCCGUACAAGUGUCCCGUCUGCCAGAAGGGCUUCAAGCACCUGUCGGAGCUGACGCGGCACGAGCGCAUCCACACGGGCGAGAAGCCGUUCAAGUGCGACACGUGCGACAAGGCCUUCAGCCAGUCGUCCCACCUGCAGCACCACCAGCGCACGCACAGCAACGAGCGGCCGUUCAAGUGCGCCGUGUGCGACAAGAGCUUCAAGCAUCGCUCGCACCUGGUGCGCCACAUGUACGUGCACUCGGGCGAGCACCUGUUCAAGUGCAACCUGUGCGAGCUGCACUUCAAGGAGUCGUCGGAGCUGCUGCACCACCCGUGCCACCCGCAGGGCUCGCGCCCCUUCCGCUGCGCCACGUGCGGCAAGGGCUUCAAGCGCCCGUCCGACCUGCGGCAGCACGAGCGCGCGCACUCGGAGGAGCGCCCCUUCCACUGCGACGAGUGCCAGAUGAGCUUCAGGCAGCCGUACGCCCUCGCGCGCCACCGACGCACGCACAAGGACCCCACCGACCGGCCGUUCAAGUGCAGCCUGUGCGACAAGGGCUUCAUGCAGCCCUCCCACCUCCUCUACCACCAGCACGUGCACGGCAUGGACAACCUGUUCAAGUGUGCCUCCUGCCAGAAGGAGUUCAGCCAGUCGGGGGAGCUGCUCAGGCACAAGUGCGGCGAGCCGUCCAACACCUCGCCUGACAAGCCGUACCGCUGCGACGUCUGCGGCAAAGGCUACAAGAAGAGCUCCACGCUGCAGCGCCACCAGAACGCCCACUGCCAGGAGAAGCCCCUGAAGUGCUCGCUGUGCGACCGCCGCUUCGUGUCCUCCUCGGAGUUCGUCCAGCACCGCUGCGACCCGUCCAGGGAGAAGCCCCUGAGGUGCCCCGACUGCGAGAAGCGCUUCAAGUACACCUCGGACCUGAACCGGCACCGGCGCGUGCACACGGGCGAGAAGCCCUUCACUUGCGAGCACUGCAACAAGUGCUUCAAGCAGCGCGAGCACCUGAUCAAGCACCAGAGCACGCACUCCCGGGAGGGGCAGUUCAAGUGCGUGUGGUGCGGCGAGCGCUUCAGUGACUUGGGCUCGCUGCAGGACCACACGGCGCGGCACACGUCUGAAGGAGGCGCGUACAAUGUGUCGCACUGCAUAUGACUCCUGUUUUUACUGGACAGACAGAAGCCUGGACUCUGUCCUCCUGAUCUUCACUUCCAGCCUGUUUACUAAUCCUGACAUCGCUCUCGUUCUGCGCAGCUCUGUGCCGAGUGCUUUUUGUGCUGUCGAGUCGAGACUGACGUCCGUGUGCACGGUGACUAGGGUUGGGCAAAAUCGUAUUGUGUGCAAUUAAUCGUCAGAAAAAGUUUAAUCGAUUAUUUUUUUUGGCACUGGACGUUUAAGACGGUUAAUACCGCCGGGUAGACCGACUGGAGAUUUCCCCGGUCAGUCCACUCGGUGCUCCUCUCCGCUUCAAAUAGGAAAAACAUUUUUUUUAAAGUUCUGUAAUUCAUUAAUCAUAACUCAGGUUUUACUUGAUCUGUUGACACAAUUUACAAAUUGAUGUUUAGCUUGAAGUUUGUAUUUUGACACAAUUUGGAACAGAUUUUUUACAAAGAGCAAAUCUUAGUGAUCUAAAUUAGUCAUGUGACUAGGACAUGAGGCAUUCUGGGAUUCCAUUGGAUUAAUCGUCAUAUUAAUCGUUAUCGGCUAAAUACCACAAUUAAACGUGAUUAAUUUUUUUGCCAUUAUUGCCCAACCCUAAUGAUGACCUGAGAAAACACGAAGAUUUGCUUUUGCAAUCUGACACCAAGUACGGCAGGCUGUUUCUCUACAUAAUGAAGCCACACUCUUGUCUUUAUUUACUCGUUUAGAUUUUAGUAACAGCAUUUCUCCGUAAAGAAAGUAGGGCUGCCACAAUUAGUCGAUUUGUCACGAUUAUUGUUGAUUAUUAAAAUCGUCGACUAAUUUAA